ACCGCGACCCGUUCGUCCCGUCUCGCGUUUGCUUUCUCCAUCUCUCUCCCCCUCCGCCCCCGCGCCUCUGUUCCCCUCCCUCCGCUUAGGGUUAGCCAGGCAGCAGCCCCGCCCUCGCGAAUCUUCCUUCAAUAGCGACACCGACCCGGCGGCCAUGGCCACGGCGGUUCUCAGAUCCCACGACGCGCUCAACAACCGUAUGCAUCUCGACGCGUACACCCCGUCCCCGGCGAAGCCGCGCCGGCGCCGGAGCCCUAAGCCGGCGGCCGCGUCCUCGCCUCCCGCUAGGGCCGCGGCGCCCAUAGCCUCGACGAAGCCUGCGGCGGUGCAGAAGGCCGUGACGCCCGCUAAGGCGCCCGUGGCGCCCGGCCGCCGCUCGCCGCCGGCCAGGCCGGCUGCUUCGUCGCGGAAGCAGCCGUCCCCCACCAAGGAGAAGUCCAAGCAGCGGCUUGUCAUGGAGGAGGUCCGGAUCCUCAAGCGCGGCGAGGAGCCGCCGGCUCCCGCUCCCGCGCCGGUUUUGGCCGUGCCCCCCGUGGCGCUAGCCGCGGCGGUUGACCAGCGCGUUCUCUGCUCCACUGGCCGGAUCGGGCCACAGGCGCCCGCCGUGGUGCCGACGAAGAGGAUGGUGUCCGCCCCCGCCGCAUCCAGCGCGGCCGUGUACGCCGGCCCGGCGUUUUCUGCCGCGGCGCCCGAGCCGAGUUCACUCCCCAUGCCCGCCUUCUUCCUCCGGCGCGCGGAGUCCGAGGCCACCCGGGGCCUCCGGUGCCUCCUCCGCAUCGGCGAGCUCGCCUGACACGGCUGACGUUCUCUCGACCAGCCUCUGUCUACUACUUCGUUCACCCCUUCGGCUUCGUCUCUUCUACUCUUCCUCCCUCGUCUCCGGUGGUUCCUUGAUCUAUGGAUGGUUGGCGCCUGAUGGGCGGUUGUUGGAUCCGAUGGAAAGCUAGCUUCUCCGGAUCGGAUCAGAUCACAUCUCCCGGUAACCGUUCCGAUCAACCUCUUCCGGUAUUUUUUCAGAGGAAAGGUUGGCCAACGGGCUUCCGGUGGUUGGAUUUGGUGGCGGACUUCGGUUAGGUUCACAUAUCGCUUGCAGUUCGGUUCGCUUCAAUGGAAAGCUGAUGUCUCUAGGUUAGAAGAAUAACUAUGAGUAAGAAAGGAAGGAUGGCUGCUAGAUUGGGUAGCUAGCUGUUGGCUGCUUGGUUCUACAGUAGCUUGGAGCUUGGCUUCUAGGUGUUCUAGUGAUGGUGGUGGUGGUGUUUGGUUCAGGGGAUGGAUUAAAUUAGUGUCUGAAAUAGCUGUUUGGUUUAGGUGAUCUUAAGUAGACGACCUGAUUAUAAUUCAGGGUAGUUUAUCGUUGCAAUAAUCUAAGGUUUGGUGUGCGUUUGAUCUGUGUGAGUUUUGUGUUAGGUGAGUCAUGAACUAAAGUUAUGUGAUGUUUAGUAGGUCAGGUGAAGGUUCUUCUCUUAUGUAAGAUGUCAAGUUUGUAUCUAUUAUCAGCUUAGCUGUGAUAUACUACUAUAUAUAUAUAUGAGUGGUAAAUUUAGGUAUGGAAAA